UCUGUUUUUGUCUCUUCAUUUACUACUAACUUGACGAAGACUGUAUUUGUAGACAAGAACAUGGCAGAAAUGUGUGCCAUUCGCACAUGUCUUCCAGAUGUGUCUAUAAGACUCUGUGCUUUUCACAACGCCACAGUUGUCAAAAAAGCACUCCAGCAGAGAAAGCUGCCCUCUCACAGCCAGAGCUGUCAAAAAAGCUCUCCAGCAGAGAAAGCUGCCCUCUCAUAGCCACAGCUGUCAAAAAAGCUCUCCAGCAGAGAAAGCAGCCCUCUCAAGCCACAGCUGUCAAAAAAGCUCUCCAGCAGAGAAAGCUGCCCUCCCAAGCCACAGCUGACAAAAAAGCUCUCCAGCAGAGAAAGCUGCCCUCUCAAGCCACAGCUGUCAAAAAAGCUCUCCAGCUUAGAAAGCUGCCCUCUCACAGCCACAGCUGUCAAAAAAGCUCUCCAGCAGAGAAAGCUGCCCGCUCCUCAAAUUUCUUGCAUACUUGAUCUGUUUGCAGAAAAAAAAUCCUGCAGAGCUUUGUCUCAGUUCAUUUUGCUUAGGGAUAAAAUAUCUGAUAUUUCAUAUCCAGAAGUUGUUUUGUACUUUCAAUCCAACUGGUGGAACUGUCCCCAACUUUGGGCAGCUUCUUUAGUAGAAUCCGCCACCUUUCACAUAAACACCACUAAUCAUGCUGAGACUAGUGAGACAUCUGAUAAAAAAAUAAAGCAAGUCCUAACAUCUAAAACACCCCUCAGUGUUUUAUAA